UAUAGGUGAAUAUCUGUGUGUGUGUUUCUGGACUGGGGACAGAGCUGCGUCUUGGCAGAGGAUGUUGUUAGCUGUAUACAGCCAUAAAAGACAAUUACCGCUAUAACCUUUUAUGGGGUGCAAAGCGCUGCGAGGCGAGAGGACACAAAACAAAAAAAGACAUCGAGGGCUUCGACAGCUGAAGCCCAAAAUAAUGUAACCGACGUGUUUCUGUUCAGCUUGGAUAUGACAAGGCCGCUCAGCCUAAAGCUCCGUCAUUAGCGCCUCAUGUCCACAUAACCAAUUUACAACAAGAGAUUUUGUAACUAAAUAUUGUAAUAUAUAAAAGCAUUUUGGAUUUUAAAACGCAACGUGACCUCAAAUAGUUUAUCGAAAAAGAUUUUAGAGAAGAUCUCUAGUUGUAAAAUAUGGCCUCUGCGUUUUCAAGUCUCUGCAUGUUGGAGAAAAUAUUUGGCGCAAAGACAGAAAAUACGCAGCGAAAUCUAAUGUGUGCUAUGUGCAAAGCUGCUGUGUCAGAUGGCGAAUCAGGGCCUGGGACGGUUCUGCCACACACCCCAGCUCAUUUAGGUCUCAUUAAGGGCUGCACAGAAACGGAUACAUUAUUGUAGUUAGAAGGUAAGUCGGACUUUAGUCCAACUGGAGCGCUGUUGUGACGCGUUAGGGGACGCAGAUGGACACAAACUUCAAAGGCUCGACCAGAGACAGUGCAAUAAAACGCCUGGUCUGCUAUACUGUCUGGCAUUCCAGUUUUAAUGGCUUUAUGGCCGUCCAGACACAAUUAGGCCGUUUCCAGAAUGGCACCCAUUUGUUUUUUCUUCUCUUUCUGUGAGACUGCGCUCUGGACAAAAGGCCGAGCGGAAAUGAUCAGCUUUAUUGGAUCCUCCCCGACGGGGACGCACAGGACUCACGGUCAUUUGGAGCGAUCCUUUGUUUCUACCUGGGAACCUUCCGCCCUCUGCUCCUUUGCUGUGCCCGUCCUAAAGGAGAAGGAGCAAUAAAGCCAGCAGCUAGUUUCAAACACAGUGGCAGGCCUAUAGAUGGUGUGUUUGUUUUUGUUUUUUUCAAAAUACAUCUGGACAGGUCUGUUAAAAGACAUCAGCACUUUGCUUGAAAUCGCAAUCCAAGAAACGUAACGUUACCUUUGAGCGCCAUUUCUCUUACUUUUAGCUGGUAUUUUAUCCGGCAUUGCAGCAGGAAGACAAAACGCCUGCGCACUGCUGCCUCCCCACCCUGCAGUCCCUGCAUGUCACCAGAGGGUGGCGACACUGUUUCACAACAUCAACCCACCGCUUUUAACACUCCUCCCUAAUGAACCUGCGCUGGGGAACAAACUGUAGUAACAUUUUAAGAGUCCAGCAAAAUAAUUUCACACCUUUUUACAGUCUCAGUGCAGAAGCUGCUUCUCCAGCCUGCGGCUUUGUGGCGAAGGAUGAAACAGGCAGCUCUCAGUGAUUGCUGGGUUACUGCUUUCACCCUCAGACAUGGCUCUCUGUUCAGAAUUUGUCCUUCUAGGAUGUUUUUAUAUGACUUUAUCGAUGCAAAUGAUUUAAAACAUUCUUUGAUAGCAGGGUUAUUAAGGCUAUCAUGAAAUAUGAACAGUUUUUUCUUAUUGCAUUUAUGAAUGUAGAUUAUGUAGAUUUUAAUGUUAACCUGUUACUUUCCUCUGGAAAAUGUCAAUAGGCAAAACACAACGGCGGAUUGAGCUGCACAAAUAUAAUCAAUCGUUUUCCAUAUUCACAAAUAAUUUAACGAAUUAAGGGUGUAUUGAUGAUAUCAUUUUUAAAAUUCUUAUUAUAAUUCUCAAUAUUAUUCUUAUUAUCAUUAUUAUUAUUAGAAGUAUAUUUAUUGUCAUUAUUAUUUUUAGUAUUAUUAGUAAUAAUAAUAGUAAUAGUAAUAAUAGUAGCCUACAUAAAUUCCGACCAUUCGCUAUGUUUUAUCGUAUUGUAUUUUUUGUCGGCAUGCUAUCUUUAAUGCUAAUUUAUUUAGGUAACAUUGUAAUGCAGUAAAAACAAUGUUUGGAGGAUGAAUUACGAGAUGGUUGUUAUUAUUAAAUAAAACUAAAAAAACUAAAAAAAACUAUUAAAGGCAUUUUAUUUAUCUUCCUGCCAAAUUCUCACCUCAUAAAUCCAUUGUUACAGAAUUCUGUGUUUCAAUACACGUGGAUUAUUUAUCAUGUUAUAUAUUGUUAUGUGUCUUUGUUUUAUGACACUAGACCGUAUGUAAGUAUUGAGUUUUAAAGCAAGAUAAACUAAAACAUUUUCUGUUGGAAUAUUUUUUUUUUAGUGAUGAUAAUCGCUGAUUAGUUAAUUAUUAUCUAUUGUAGACUAUUAUUGAGUGAAUGUAGAUUAUCAUUAUAACCUAUAGGCCUAUAGGUUAAAGACAUUCCACGAACAUAUAUUCAAUUUAAAAAAACAAAACUUCUAGAUAGAGUAUUAUUUGUAAAGCAGUAGUAAAAUAAGUGAUAUAAAACAGUGACUUUAAAUUUCGUAAAUUACCUCUCGAUCAUUGGGAUUGUCUGAGUUUCUCUCGUGUGUGUUUAUGUGUGUGUUUAUGUGUGUGAAGUGUUAAUCCCACUCUGCAGUCCUGCGCCAUAAUGAAAUACAUGUCUGCUUGCUGAUUGGAUGAGAGCGGCCAGGCCCGAGUCACGUGGGUGAGUUCUUUGGUCCAGAGUAAAAAUGGGGUUUGGUGUAAAUCUAGGGUGUAUUGCUGUCAUAUAUCACACUACCUCGUAAAAACGACACUGAGGAUUCUGGGCCAACAAAUCAGAGAGAAAAAAUAUGAGUUCUUAUUAUGUGGACGGUCUUCUUAGCAAAUAUACGGCGGGUAGUUCACUCUUUCCAAACGUGGAGCGGGCGUCUUGCAGUAUUGGACCCAGUGGAGAGGACUAUGGCUCGGCUCGGACUACUGCGGCCAUCGCGUUUGCACCGUCCCUGUCUGGAGUUUACAGCGUCAGUGAUGCAGUGUACCAGAGCCGCCCCGUGUUUACCUCGGGCUAUGGCCAGGGGCAGGACGCGCACACACUGCACUGCAGCCUGUUCGACCAGAGCCGCCUGUUCACCGACAGCUGCUGCCAUCCGGAGCCGGGACCCCUCACCUCACCGCCGGACAAACAAUACCGGAUGUAUCCCUGGAUGAGAGCGUCAGAUCCAACCCGAAAGCGGGGGCGGCAGACCUACUCCCGGUACCAGACCCUGGAGCUUGAGAAGGAGUUCCACUUCAACCGGUACCUGACCCGCAGGAGGAGGAUCGAGAUAGCCCAUGCCCUCUGCCUCUCAGAGAGACAGAUCAAAAUCUGGUUUCAGAACCGCAGGAUGAAAUGGAAGAAAGACCACAAGGAGGAACCGGUGUCGACCCCCUCCGGAGAAAAGGACUGUGAUAUCCAGCCGGUGUCAGAGGCCGAAGAGCCCAAAGCUGGUGACACCCGGAGCGCCGGUUUGGUGUCAGAAACGGCUGAAAAGUAACGAAAGAGACGGACAAGAGCAUUAAAUGAAAGGAACGCACUAUUAAGUGUUAGGGAUAUACCUGAGAUGUUACUCACAUACCAUUCAUGCACUAAGAGCUUUGUAGGCUGAAUAAGUGAAUGACAGCUGAAGGCAAUUAUGUAACAAGCAUUUAACAGUUGUAGGCUGUAGCUCUGUAUUUCAUAUUUAAACCUAAAAAGCAUAAAAAGGCUCCGCAUGAAACAGCGAUAUAACUACCUAUCCAAACUAUAUUUUUAUAUAUGCAAUAUAACAUGUCAUUUAGCCUGACUGAACUACUGAAUCAACAUUCCUGAAUUAAAAACUACCUAAAAUGUACCUGCUAAUAUUAAAACACUGACACAAGGAAUUCAACGCAAGUUGAAAUUGACUGUAAAUUGAUAAUCUACCUAACGGAAUACAUUUUCUCCACAGACGGUUGUAUUUUAUAAAGGGAACAAAUACAGCAGUCUGCGUAAAUGUGCCUUAUUUGGAAUAAAGGCUAAUUAAAAGUGAAUGUUUUGUUAGUUAAAUGCUUUUAACUGUGAUUUAGGUGCUUCUUUAGAUUUUAAUAAUUGUGCCACUGUGUUUUUAUUUGAUUUUAUUAUCACUGCUUAUUACUUAGAAUGUUAAUAUGCCUGUUUUACUUAUUUACCCUAUAUACAUCCCAGGAUUAAUAAAAAACAUUUGUUUAGUUUCGGAUGAACUUAUGUAACCUACCUCAGAUCCCAGAAAGUCGACAUGCUUAUAAUAUUGUAAACAGGAAUACUCCAACGUAAAUGUUUUGAAGUCUUAGCCGUGUACUGUGAGAAUUUUCUUUUACACAGAUUGUCAGGCUCAAAAUGUCAUACGUGUUUUUAAAUGCCAGCGAUAAAUGCAUGCCCUUUUAUUUAGACAGAAUUUACAUUUCCGUUUUUUAGUGUAAAAUGAGUAAGGUAUUGUAAUCCAGCAAGUGCAAAUACUGUGAUAUAUUUAGGUUUAGUGCCCACGGUUUCAAUGUGAAUUAUAAGUAAUAUGUGAACAAAUCUUAAAGAGUCUUAAAUCUCUGGGAAUGUCUCAUACCUGUAAAUGGAAAUAUAUAAAUUGAAUAAAAUAGCUUUUACCUGAC